AUGGAAUUUACUUACGUUCAAAGCCAAAUUUAUUUAUUCGAGUUCGAACCUGCCGUAAUUGAGGAUAUACGAGUUGUUGUUGGAAUAGAUUUUGGAACAACAUUUUCGGGGUUUUCUUACGCUUACGCUAAGCCCGAUAAAGCAAAAAUAGAGAUUGUAGUGAACGAUGAUUGGCCAGGAAUUAAAGGUUUUAAGAAAAUCAAUACCGUAUUACAAUAUGACGAAGACUAUAGUUCUGUUACCGCAUGGGGAGCUAAAGCGUUAGCUGGUGAACCUCCCAAAAGAAAUAAAAAAAAUAAGGAUUUACCAAAACCGGUGGAAUUGUUUAAAUUUCACUUGGGAAGAGUUCCGGAUAGUAAAAAACCCAAAUUGCCAGACAACAUUACUCCUGAAAGAGCAAUAACCGAUUAUCUUCGUGAAAUGGGAAAGACGAUUAAGCAAGAAAUCGGUCGUCGCUGGCCUGGAGUUGAUUUUUACAGUAACGUGCGAAUCGUCGUCACUGUACCUGCCGAGUUUACUGAAGAUACAAAGACAAUUAUGAGACGAUGUUUAUACGAUGCCGGCUUGACCAAAAGUCUUGGUACACUAAAUCUUCAAUUUACCACUGAACCGGAAGCCGCUGCGAUUCAUUGUAUGAAUGUGAUGAAAGAACAUAGAUUAACAACCGGAGCGACAUAUUUGGUUGUCGAUUGUGGUGGAGGAACUGUGGAUUUGACCGUUAGAAAACUAUUAUCAACUGAUCGAAUAGGAGAGACAACUGAGCGGUCAGGUGAUUUUUGCGGUGGUACCUACGUUGAUGAUGAGUUUUUAAAAUAUCUUGGGAAUGUAGUAGGAAAAUCCGCGAUGAAUAUGCUAAAGGAAAAAAACUAUGGCCAAAUCAAUUAUAUGAUGCAACAAUUCUGUUCCCAAGUUAAAAUUCCAUUCACCGGCGAAAAAUCCGAUUUCGAAACUAUUGAAUGGGAUAUUGAUAGGAAAUGUCCUGCUCUUAAGAAAUAUGUUACCGGGUCGGAAAGGGAUCAAUUAUCAGAAGAUGAUUGGGUCAUUGAUCUCAAUUUUAGAACCGUAAAAUCAUUCUUUGACCCAGUUAUCAACAAGAUUUUGGGGUUGAUUGAACAACAGUUAGAAAAAUGUUCGAAUUGUUCGGUGAUGUUUUUGGUUGGAGGUUUUAGUGAAUCACGAUAUCUUCAAAAUAGAAUUAAACAAAAAUUUGGUCAUAAUAUUAGCAUAGCAGUUCCACCUCAUCCACUUGCUGCGAUUGUAAGCGGUGCAUGUGAAUAUGGGCUUGAUAUGGAUACCGUAACUACAAGAGUAUUAAAGUGGACAUAUGGAGUUCGAAUUAGUUCUGAAUGGAAAUAUGGUGACCCACUAAAUCGCAAGACAUCAGAAAAUCGAAUCCUAAAAUUUUCUUUGAUGGCCAGUAAAGGGACAGAAGUGCGCGUGGACGAGGAAUUUUCUACACGCUUAUAUCCAACUUAUCCUGAACAAACCUCCGCAGAUGUAUCUUUCUUCUAUACUUCCAAAUAUGAUGCAGAAUAUUGCGAUGAGCCUGAGAUGAACUUAUUGGGUAGUUUCAAUGUUGAUUUGCCCGAUACUUACUUGGGUACGGAUCGUCCAGUGUUAAUAACGUUAUGUUUCGGUGCUAUGGAAAUUGUCGCAACAGCAAAGAAUGAAACUAAUGGUAAAGUCUAUCGUACAACGUUUUCUAAUAAAGAGUGAUACAAAUUAUUAAUUUGUUCUAUUAGUUCUUAAAUGUAUAAAUAAUGUUCAUUAUGAGAAGAAAAUUUUAAAUUUUAUAAUUGGACGGAUCAAAUUUUUAGUAUAAGUGUAACACUAAUUAACAUAU